GACGCUGGAUGCUGAUUCGCGACGGAGGGAAAGCGAAAUCGCAUUAUAACAAGAAAGGGCAGAAGACAGAGGAAGAGGGAAACCGCUGGAAGGCAGAGAAGAACCAUGAACGCUCCCGAUCGUUACGAGCGCUUUGUCGUUCCCGAAGGGACCAAAAAAGUAUCAUACGAGAGAGACACCAAAAUCAUCAACGCCGCUUCAUUCACUAUCGAGAGGGAAGAUCAUACCGUUGGAAACGUCUUACGCAUGCAGCUGCACAGGGACCCAAAUGUCCUUUUCGCUGGUUACAAGCUUCCGCACCCUCUCCAAUACAAAAUCAUCGUCAGGAUUCACACGACGAGCCAAUCGUCACCAAUGCAGGCGUAUGAUCAAGCAAUCAAAGAUCUAGACAAGGAGCUCGAUCACCUGAAGUCUGCAUUCGAGGAUGAAGUGAAGAAGCAUUCAAGUGUUCCCAGGGAAUACUGAACACUAAGCUGGCAGCAUGACUGGAAUGACAUCUAUGAAGCAGAUAUGGGCCCUUUCUAGUCUAUCAGUUGCUGUGAGCCUUGUGAAUAUAGGACACUUACGUUUCAAUUGAAAUCCUUUUACAGUUUUUGGUGGAUGCUGAAAACCAUGAUAUGGUGAUGAAAACUCGAGAACGAUGUAGGGGUCUUGUGGUGGUCUGUUGAACGGGCCAUUGCAAGGACACGUUUAAAGUUUAAACGUCUUUUCUUGUGUGCA